AUGUCUCAAGCACUUAUCAAAGGAGCUUUGGAUAUCGACCCCUGGUUGGAACCUUACUCGGCUUCGCUUAUCAGUCGUCAGUUACAAUACCGCCAAUGGCUUGAAACAUUGGAAAAGUCUGAGGGCUCUUUGUUGGAGUUUGCCUCUUCGUAUGAAAAAUACGGUAUCCAUGCUGAUCCAUCCACCAAGGAGAUCACAAUCAUUGAGUACAUCCCUGAUGUACAGCUGGUCUCUCUUGUGGGGGAGUUCAACGGCUGGGACGUGGACUCUCACCGCUUGGAGAAGACCAAUGACUUUGGUUUGUGGAAACUUACGCUUAAACCGGUGAACGGAGAGUAUGCCAUUCCUCAUGAUUCCAAGUACAAAAUCUCUAUGGUGACUGGUUCUGGUGAGCGCAUUUAUAGAUUGGACCCAUGGGGCACUAGGGCCACCUUCAACAAGAACACCACUUUGUAUGAGGGCAGAUUCUGGAAUCCGGAACAGAAUUAUGAGUUCAAACAUGCCAGACCUCAUUUGAAUGAAGUUGAAGGCUUGAAGAUCUACGAAGCCCACGUUGGUAUCUCGUCUCCUGAGCCCAAGAUCGCCAGCUACAAAGAGUUCACCCAGAACACCUUGCCUGUUAUUCAUAAACUAGGAUAUAAUACUAUCCAGUUGAUGGCCAUUAUGGAGCAUGCUUACUAUGCCAGUUUCGGUUAUCAGGUGACGAACUUCUUCUCGAUCUCUUCUAGGUACGGUACGCCUGAAGAGCUUAAGGAGCUCAUCGACGAGGCCCACAGGUUGGGAAUCAGAGUGCUUCUUGAUGUGGUUCAUUCCCAUAGUUCGAAGAAUGUUGAAGAUGGUUUGAACAACUUCAACGGGACAGACCAUUACUUAUUCCAUGGUGGAGCCAAGGGUAAUCACGACUUGUGGGAUUCCAGAUUGUUCAACUACUCCAACUAUGAAACCUUGCGUUUCUUGUUGUCCAAUUUGAAGUUUUAUGUCGAUGUUUACAAGUUCGAUGGAUUCAGAUUUGAUGGUGUCACUUCCAUGUUGUACAAGCAUCACGGAUUGAGUUACGGCUUCAGCGGUGAUUACAAUGAAUACUUUAAUUCUGACUUGGUCGACAAUGAUGCUAUCGCUUACCUUAUGCUUGGCCACCGCUUACUUGAAGAGAUCACCGAGGCUGAUAAGAAUGCUGUUUUCACAACCGUGGCUGAAGACGUCAGCGGUAUGCCCACCUUGUGCUUACCUAUCUCUCAAGGUGGUAUCGGCUUUGACUAUAGAUUGUCUAUGGCUAUCCCAGAUAUGUGGAUCAAGAUCUUAAAACAUUUGAGGGAUGAGGAAUGGGACCUUGGCAAUAUUGUCUUCACCUUGACUAAUAGAAGACACGGAGAGAAGUGUAUUGCUUACUGUGAAUCUCAUGAUCAGGCCUUGGUUGGUGACAAGACAAUUGCUUUCUGGCUCAUGGACAAGGAGAUGUACACAAAUAUGUCUACACUUUCCCCUAUGACAGAGACAGUCAGCAGAGGCCUCGCUUUGCAUAAGAUGAUUCGUCUUGUAACAUUCGGCUUGGGUGGAGAAGGCUACUUGACAUUUGAGGGUAAUGAGUUUGGUCACCCAGAAUGGUUAGAUUUCCCUCGUGAAGGUAAUGAUGACUCUUACCAUUACGCUAGACGCCAGUUCAAUUUGAUUCAUGAUGAAUUAUUAAGAUACAAAUUCUUGUUCCGCUUUGAUUCCGCCAUGCUUGAACUUGAUACAAAGUAUGGAGUUUUGUUGAAGCCACAAGCGUAUGUAUCGUUGAAGCAUGAGAUCGAUAAAGUCUUGGUCUUUGAGAGGAAUGGUCUUUUGUUCAUUCUUAAUUUCCAUCCUACUCAAUCUUUCCCUGACUACAAAGUCGGUGUAGAGAAUGCUGGAGAAUAUCAGAUUGUUCUUGAUUCAGAUGCUGAAGAACUCGGGGGCUUUGGAAGGAUAAAUGACGUUGAUGAUAAGGGCAACAAGAUCAGUUUCCCAACCCUGCCAGAGCAAUGGAACAACAGAUCAAACGCUUGA